AUGGCCAACUUCCUUUCGCCCUUCAACCCCAACUCCUCGGAGUCGGUUAGUGCCAACCUAGCCAAGAUAUUGGUUGCACCUCCCAACGUCAAGUUUCAUUUCUACACCGCGCCAGCAGAUGCCCCCAAAGAGAUAAGCGGGCACGAAACCUCCAUUCUCUCCGAGCAAGUGGUAUUGCCCGACUUGCUAUCCAAGGACGUUCUCAGCAAGUAUGAUGGGUUCUUGAUUGGAUGCUAUUCCGACCAUCCCUUGAUCCACUCCUUGGGAAAGCACACUCACAAACCCAUCUUGGGAAUUAUGCAGGCGACACUCCUUUACAGUUUGCUGAACCCAUCAGUGACGAAGCUGUUUGUAUUGACCAGCUUCAACGAAUGGGAGCAAUUGCUAGACCGUGGAAUCACUGACUUCGUGGGAAACCCAACCGAUGUGUUUCCUUUCGGCAAGUUCCAAAGAACUCAGGCUCUAGACAUCAGUGUGUUGAGUCUCAGUGACCCCAGUGAAUAUGCAAAAAUCGAAACCAGAGUCAACGAGGUGUUGCAGUUGUAUAAGGACGACGCCAUCAACUGCGUGUUGUUGGGCUGUGCUGGCAUGGCUGGCUUGGAUGAAAAGUUGGCGGCCAGUUUUCCUGGAGUUCUUUUUGUGGACAGUUGCAAGAUUGGAGUGGAACUUUUGACGUCUUUGGUGAGGUUCGCUAAGAAAUGA